UCCACACACCGCCAAACCCUAAAAAUGAAUAUAUCUAUCGCUUCGAAUAAACAAGAAAAUACCACUCACAAGCUGCUGAGCAACAAAGAAAAGAAGAAAACCAGUGUUUCAUAUCAGAGCUACAAGAGAGCUUCGACUAUGUCGUCUAUGGCGGUCUCCACAGUCGGGUUUAAGGGAGGUUUGGGGAGUUCGUUUAAUGGAGGUAAAGACCACGCCAUGUUGGCUAAAUCGGUUCCCAACGUUGUUCGCGUGGGAAAGGCGGUUAGAGCUCAGCCGGUGAUGAAGAACGUUAACGAAGGGAAAGGGUUGUUCGCGCCGCUCGUGGUGGUUACCCGCCAGAUUGUUGGCAAGAAGAGGUUCAAUCAGCUUAGAGGAAAAGCCAUUGCCUUGCAUUCUCAGGUAAUUAAUGAGUUCUGCAAAGCAAUAGGAGCUGACGGUAAACAAAGGCAAGGCUUGAUUCGUCUGGCUAAGAAGAAUGGAGAAAGGCUUGGAUUCCUCGCAUGAUUAUAUGACCGUACACGUGUACUUUUGUCUUUGAUUAUUAUUACAGAUGUUUCAAGUUCAUGUAGUUUUAUGUCAAGAACAUCCUUCACUCUA